AGUGAUUCAACUACGGUGUUAGGAUGCGAGCCACCUGAGCCAUUGCACACUGCAUUGUGAGUCUCUUCCUUUGGCUGAGAAACCACACCUGUUAAAUAGAAACGCUAGACGCGAGGAGCUUUUUGGUGCUGUUCAAGAGUCGUCUUUGCCGAAGGGCAGCGCGGUUAUCAUUCCAGUGUACUGGGACUGAAUUCUUGUCCUAUCUCUCAAAAUACUGAAGCAACCAACGACGAUACAACAAAUCAAAAUGACUCUGUUAGCUCUACAAGAUAUUCACUGACGAGCAACAUUUUCACCAUAUUAAACUUAUCCUCAAACACUUGGAUUUUCCCCGAUAUUCAAGGUAUUGGCAGGUUGCCCCCAAAUUUUCUUCUUGGUCGAUGGAGAUUGUGUUUGGAAUUGUUCGGACGCGUGUUUUUGGAAGAUGUCGGAGCGGAACCUUCUUCCAUUCUCAACGAGUUGGGUCGUUUUGAUGUUAAGGAAACGUCAUUUAGGAGGGAAAUGGAUCGAUUGAAAAAUACAAGUCAACGGGAUCUUAGUUUAGAGCUUGAACGAGAACAUGAUCAAUUGAUCCAACUUACCAUUCGUCAGCUCAAUGCUCACUUUGGUAAACGUCCAUCUACUUGCAAGCCAUCAAUCAUUCAUCGUGUUAAGGUAACAUUCAAAAAUGAACCUGGAGAGGGAAGUGGUGUAACAAGAAGUUUUUUUACGGCCAUUGGAAAGGCUUUUGUGUCUGCUGAGAAGUUACCCAAGCUCGAUAAUCUCACAGCUUCUACUGGUGGAAAUUCGUGCAUCGUACAGAAACUUCGUGCGCAAGAACGUGAACGUGAACGUCGAAAGUUAUUUCGUUUAAGAAAAGAUCGUUUGCGUGACAGAGAUAACCAGGAAAGUCAACAACAUCUAAAUCCAGAUGCCAAACCCUUCACGUACGGUCGUAACGACAGUGCAGAUAGUGAUGACGGAGAGGGAGAAAGCUUACCUUCGCAUAAACAAUCAAUUGGGGAGAGACUUUACCCUCGCAUCCAAUCUAUAAACCCGACAUUGGCGAGUAAAAUAACCGGAAUGUUGCUUGAACUCCCCCCGUCACAACUUUUGCUACUCUUGGCAAGCGAAGAAACGUUGAGAACGAGAGUGGAUGAAGGCGUCGAACUUUUAUUGAAGAAAAACAGGGAGACAAACAAAGAAGAUGUUGAUGUUACAAUGCCACCAACUUCUGUUACAUCCGUUGUUAAUUCAGCACCUGAUGUUGUACCACUUGAAGAAGAUAAUUUAGCAUUGUUCUAUCAACCAGGACAUUCAGGUUUCUACUCUCCCCGUUCCGGAAACAACACUUCUGAAAGAUUGAACGCAUUCCGUAACGUUGGAAGAGUGAUUGGUCUCUGUCUUGUUCAAAAUGAAAUCUGUCCUAUCACUCUAAAUCGCCAUGUUUUAAAGUUCUUACUUGGAAGACGCAUUGGAUGGCAUGAUUUUGCAUUCUUUGACCCCACGAUGUAUGAGACUCUGCGAAAGUUGAUCGUAGACGCCGAGCAGUCGAAUGCCUGUGAGAUGUUCACGACUCUGGAUCUUACGUUUAGCGUUGAACUGAGUUCAGACGAGGGUGGAAAACGUGUUGAUCUUAUACCCGGAGGAAGCAAUACUCCGGUCACCCCAGCAAAUGUCCGAAUGUACGCCUGGAAAUAUGCAGUGCUAAGAAUGGAAACAUGUGUCAAAAGAGCGUUAAGGGCUUUGCGCACUGGUUUGCUAGAUACAAUUCCUGCAAGUUCAUUGGACGGUUUAACGGCCGAAGAUUUGCGAUUGCUACUCAAUGGAACUGGGGAGGUGAACAUUCAUCAACUUAUGGAAUAUACUACAUUUAAUGAUGAAUCAGGAGGCGCUGGUUCUGAAAAACUUCUUAAAUUUAAGAAAUGGUUUUGGUCUAUAUUGGAGAAAAUGCCCAUGACUCAUAGACAAGAGUUGAUGUAUUUCUGGACUUCCAGUCCUUCACUUCCAGCGAGCGAAGAGGGUUUUCAACCGAAACCGUCAGUGACAGUUAAACCCGCCAAUGAUCAACAGUUACCUACGGCCAACACCUGCAUCUCUCGUUUGUACAUUCCUUUGUAUUCUUCAAAAGUCAUUCUCAAAAACAAGCUUCUUUUGGCUAUUAAGACAAAGACUUUUGGUUUUGUUUGAGACGGUAUUCUUAUAUUUUCAGCAAUUAAAGUUAGCUGAAAUUGUAAUGGAAAUUAUUAUUUUAGUGCAUAAAAAGCGUUGAAUAUUGUGCAAAUAUGGCAAUAAAUGAACACUAAAGAUUCAACAAAAAAUGAUUCAUACAAAUUUAAUGGAAAACAAACACAGAAAAUGAAUUGUUAACAAUAAAAAAUGAAAUUUAAGUAUAGUACUAAAUAAAAAUAAAACAUAUGAGCAUUAAGGAAUAAAAAGUAUAAUCUAGUUCAUCACUACACAAA